AUGCACCUUCGUCUCUCUCACCUCCCGCUGCUCGCGCUCGCUUACAGCUCCGAGGCUGUCGCUGCCCCGGACUGCAAAUGUGUACCUUCGGAUCCCUGCUGGCCAUCCGACUCGGCGUGGGACGCUCUGAAUACAACGGUAUCCGGGCGUCUCAUUCGCACCACUAUUCCGGCAUCAGUCUGCUAUGAGUCUUUUGGCAACUAUGACCGAGCCGCAUGCGAUAGCCUCAUCUCGCAGUGGAAAAAGCCAUCUUUCCACUCCAGCAACCCUGUCAGCAUCCAGGACCCAAGUGCGGGCAACAACAGCUGCCUGCCAGUCUACGCAAACGGGACCAGCAUCGCCGGCGAUCCUGCUGCAGGCAGUCGCGGCUGCAUCAUUGGCGACUAUCCUCCCUAUGUUGUCAACGCCACGGAUGCGAGCCACGUGCAGGCGGCAAUCCGGUUUGCUACAGAGCACAAUCUGCGGCUGAAUGUCAAGAAUACCGGACACAGCUCUCGCCGGGCCAUCGCUGCCGGCAGUCUCUCCAUCUGGACGCAUCACAUGAAGACGUUCGAGUUCCACGACCACUAUGUCCCCACGGGAUGCGGGUCGAACUCGACCGACGCACAUAUGGCCGCCACAGUUGGUGCAGGAACCCAAGACGCUGAGGUUUUCACCAACGCCGGAAGACAUAAUGCAAUCAUGGUCGGAGGCACGAACAAGGACGUUGGUGUCGUUGGCUGGGCGAUGGGCGGCGGCCACGGCUACAUGACGUCGACGUACGGCAUGGGCGCCGACAACAUCAUUGAAGCCAAUCUGGUCACUCUGGAGGGCCAUCUCAUCACAGCCAAUGAGUGCCAGAACCCUGACAUCUACUGGGCCAUUCGCGGAGGCGGCGGUAACUUCGGAGUCAUUCUCAAUGUCACCAUGAAGGCCUACCCGAUGCCUCCCACCGCCCUGGGCUCGAUCAAAAUCACAGCCAAGGACACGACCUCGACCGGAGAGUGGUGGAGGACGAUUGCUAAGAUCCACGGCUUCCUUCCAGGUCUGCGGGAUAAGGGCUUCCAGGGCUACUACACCAUCUCCCCGCCGUCGGCCUCGACCGAGCCGCUCACCUUCGACCUCACACUGUUCAACUACCAGCUAUCCAACGCCACGGUGCAGGCAUCCUGGGCCCAGUUCGUGUCCUCGCUCGACGCCUUCGCCAACGCCACCACCCUGAGCGCGAACCUCUUCAACUUCCCGACCUUCAUCCAGCUCUACAACUCGCUGCCCAACGUGAGUGACUCCACGGGCACUGGAGGCGGAUCGCAGACCUCACGCCUCAUCCCGGCCGCCGCGCUGCAAGACGCCGACUUCCUCGCCGCCACGCUCGAGAGCAUAGGCCCAAAGCCGGACCCCUCGAAAGGACCCAUCUCGGACAACCGCAUCGUCGGCAACAUGAUCGCGAGCAGCGUCCCCGUCGCCAACUCGCUGAACCCGGCCUGGCGCGACGCCGUGCUGCACCUCAUCGUGGCCAACAGCUGGGACGCCGCGCUGCCCGCCGCCGAAGCCAGCGCCGCCGCCCACGACAUGACGCACUCGACCGGCCGCGCGCUGCGGCGCCUGGCUCCGGAUUCGGGCGCCUACGUGAACGAGGCCGACUCCAACGAGCCCAACUGGCAGUGGGCCCUCUUCGGCCCCAACUACGCCCGCCUGCGCGCCAUCAAGCGCGCCCACGACCCGGCCGCCCUGAUGUGGUGCCCCACCUGCGUCGGCGGCGAGGACUGGUACGAGGUCGACGAGGGCGAGCACGGCACGCGUCUCUGCAGGGUCGAGUGGGCGGAGUGA